AAAAAAAAAAAAAGCUCCACGUUCCGUGAUAGCAGGAGAAAAAGGCAUGCAGCUGUGUCAGUGUAUAAACAGUGACUUUCAAUAGUCACUUCAUUCAUUUAAAAAAGAAAAAAGCCUCUGUGGGAUUGGAUGGGUCCCAGUCCCACCUUACCAGCUCCCUCUCUCCUCUCUGCCCUGAGCCCCCAGCCCUGAGGGGUCCCACCUACCAGUUCUUCAGAAGGACCCUCAUGAUUACAUCAGGCCCACCUCGAUAAUCGGGGAUAAUCCUCUCAUCUCAAAAUCAGCGGGUUAGCAAGCUUAAUUCCCCCUUGCUGGCUACCAUAACAUACUCCAGGGUGAGGACAUGGGCAUCUUCUACCCUGGGGUCCUACAGCCCGGCAGUGGCAGCGACCGUGAGCCCUGGAUUGGCUCCAGGCCCCUCCUAAUUCCCGGGCCCAGCCCUGGGGCGCUGCGGCGUCCGGGGCGCUAUCUCCCCGCUGCAGGCGCGCACCCACCCAGGGAGCACCCAGAGGCUCUGGAGUGGAGGCGGCCUUGCUCAAGGAAGCCCUUGCGCGCCUGGCUGAGGGCCCCACGCGGCAGGGGCAUGGCAGUCCUGCUGUUCUGCUUGGCUGCGCUAGCCACCAGCAGCUUCGCGAAGCAGGAGAAAGAGCCGGUGUCCCAGCUGCAAGCUGACUUCACCCUGUUGGACAGGGGGUCAGGCCUCAGGGUAGAGGUGUUCUGCCAGGCAUCCUCGGGCAGCCCACCCAUCACCUACAGACUGGUCAGGAGGAACGGGCACAUCCACAUGCAGCAGACUCGGAACCCUGGGCAGCCAGCCAACUUCUCCUUCCCACUGAACCAGACAUCGGACUGGUUCCGGUGCCAGGCUGAAAACGACAUCAGCGUCCAGCACACUCCCUUCACACUGGUUCCCCCAGGAGAGCUGCCCCAGGUACCCACCUUCGUGCUGGCUGGCUGCCUCAUCUCCAUCAUAGCCAUCUUUUCUUGGAAACUGAGCUGGACCAAGCAGAUCAGAUGCUAAAACCCACCACCAGAUGGAAGAAAUGAACUACUUGAUGAUCAGGAGCUCGUAGCCCAGGGGCCUUCUGGUGCCCAAGGAUUGAAGAUGUUAACCUCUGUGACACCAACCAAUCAGAGAAUUGAUCACAUACCCUGCGACUCCCCUCCCUCACCUGGCCUAUAAAAGUGCUUUGCUGAAAGCCUUCGAGGAGUUCGGAAUUUGGGCGGGCAUGAGUGCCCCCGCCCCGUUCUCCUUGCAUGGCCCCCGCAAUAAAACUUUCUCUGCUCCAAA